AUGGAGAAUCGUCUUCAAAUGAAGGUUGCAAAGGUUAGCAUGCUUAACGAUCUUAAUACAUUCUCAAAUAACUAUUCGAUCAGAGUGAAGAUUGUUACCAUGUCGAGGAAGAUGAUGAAUCAAAACAAAAAUGAAACAUAUCGCCUUGAUAUGAUCUUCAUGGAUGAGAUGGGAACUAUGAUACAAGCCAGCUGUCUGCAUAAGAUGCUAGAAAGAUUCAAAGACUUCCUUCAGCUCGAUCAAUGUCUUCUUAUCACCAAACCGUCUCUUGCUGCUAAUAAGUCCUCUGCUAAGUAUACCAACAGAAAUGACAAAAUAUCUCUGUAUUCCUAUACUUCUAUUGAGAAAUGCCUUGACUGGUCUGGACCAAAACACCGUUUUAAUUUCGUUAACCUCAAGGAUGUUGUUCAAAAUAAAAUUGAAGUUAAUACAGUUAUUGAUUGGAUUGGUUAUGUGGAAGUAUGUUUCAAUCUAGAGGAUACAACAAAGAAGGAUGGGAGCAAGUAUGUAGAGAAAAUUUCUGCUUCAUCUUCAUCAAAUGAGCAUGUUGGUUCUUACGUUAUCUCAAGUGUUGAAGAUGAGUUCCUUAAUAACCCUGAUUUCAUGCUUAUUGGUUUCCUUGGAACCAUAUUAACGACAAUGAAGGUUUUGGUUCUCGGCCCAAUCACAACCAUAUGCACUGAUAAACUUUGGUAUUACAAUGGUUGUAACCACUGUAAGUCCAGUGUGGAGGAAAGAUUUGUAACGAAAGAGAAUGUGGAUGGUUCAUUUGAUGUUGAUCAUACAAAAGCUUUGGUGUGUACAAAUGAUAAAUGUGAAGCAGUUGACAUCUAUUCUAUUCCGCGCUUCAAGGUACCUAUCAGGGUGCAAGACUCUUCUGGUACUGUGUCUUUGACACUCUUUGAUUAUGAAGCUUACAAGAUUCUUAAGAAAUCUGCCAAAGAGUUACUUGCAAUCCAAGAUCAGGUUGUUAAUUCUGGAGAGAUACCGAACCCAUAUCCUGAGAUUUUUGACACAUUGAUUGGAAAGAAGUAUGCGUUCAUCAUAAAUGUUAAAGACUAUAACAUUGAGCAUCAGGUUGAAAACUAUGGUAUUGCAAUGGCCACUAACGAUGAUGAGAUCCUUGCCGCGCUCUACGCCAAAUUCAAUCUUAACCAGUGUAUUAUGUACAUAAACCAUGAGCAGUCCGAAUCGUUAGAUGUUCCAGAUUCAUGCAGUUUGUCUACUCCUGUUGACCUUAUGAAGGAUGAGAUGUCAUGCAGCGGUGACAAUGUUACACCAGCAUCCAAAGCACUCGUAGGCAAUAAGAAUCCCUCUUCUGACGAAACAAAACGUAAUAUUCGUGAAGUGUGCGACGUAGAUGAUGCAUUAGGUUGUUCCUCGACAAAGCGCCGCAUGAGUGAUAAACUGUCUCAGGAUGAAGAUGCUGGUGUUUCGAAGCUUUUGAUUCCGAAGAUUGAAAAAUAG